GGUAAAUGGGAUUAUUCAACACGUUCCGCAGAACUGUAAAAAGGAUACAUCAGAAUGAGAGGUGCCAGCUUUACUCUUGUCGUCAUCGGCGGGGUGGCCGCUGCCUGGGAAUUCCCACGCCUUGCGCUCUCGCCGGGGAACGUCCAGCACCCCUUCUCGCUGGAUGACGAUGAUGGGGACGUUGAUAUUGUCACGGGCAGCCAGUUCAGUGGACUGAAGACGUUUGCAAACUUGCCAUACGUGAAUUGCUUCUCGGAUGAAGAGGCCGAAAACAAGAAAUACGACAUCGCUAUAUUGGGUGCUCCUUUUGACACCUCCGUCACCGCGAGACCGGGGGCUCGGUACGGACCGACCGGGAUCAGGACCGGCAGCCAGAGGAUAUACCCGGACGGAGCCUGGAGUGUCUACACAGGAGAGAAUGUCCUCAACUCCUGGGCGACCAUUGUAGACUGCGGAGACGCGCCCCUGACCUGGCUGGACAACAACGUUGCCUUCAGGCAGCUGGACAAGCCGCACAAGGUCAUCUCCGGCCGCAAGGCUUCGAACUACAGCGUCUCCGCGACGCCGAGGAUCCUCACAUUGGGAGGUGAUCACACGACGACCCUUUCGGCCCUGAGAUCCACCCAUGAGCGGUGGGACCCGGUGUCUGUGAUCCAUUUCGAUAGCCACAUCGAUACAUGGGACCCGGCGGUCCUGGGCGGAGGUAUCUCCGACUACGCGGGCGUCAACCAUGGAACGUUCCUCCACAUCGCCCACGAAGAGGGCCUAAUCCGCAACACCUCCAUCCACGUAGGCAUCCGCGCGCCCCUGAUCCGCCGCAAGGGCGACCUACGCAAUGACCGGCGCUGCGGCUUCGAUAUAAUAACGGCGCGGGACCUCGACCUCCUCGGCGGGCCCGGCGCGGUCGUCUCCCGGAUCCGGGACCGCGUCGGCUCUGGCUCCGGUCAUCCCGUCUACAUAAGCGUCGACAUCGACGUGCUCGACCCGGCCUUCGCCCCGGCGACGGGCACUGCCGAGCCGGGGGGCUGGACGACGCGCGAGCUGCUGACCGUCCUGGACGGGCUGCGGGGCCUGCCGGUCGUCGGCGCAGACGUCGUCGAGGUCGCGCCCGUGUAUGAUAACCCCGGUGAGAUAACCGUGCUCGCGGCUGCCGAGGUUGCGCUGUCGUUGAUCGCGCUGAUGGUCGGCACGCCUGUGCCGUCGGGGCCUGGUCCGGAGUGAGAGAGAUCGCUAUAGCUGCGGACUCAGGGUGUAAAAUCAAGGGAUAGUUUAUGUGGAGUGGAUUGUUUUCCCGCAUUCUAACGUACAAGGCAGCUGUUUCCCUAAUUCUGCCCCCUUGCACUGGCUGGCAAGCACAUGCUCAUUCUAAACCUCCAAACCCCAUUAGAACCCCCCUCCCGAAACUCGUUGUUGCCAUAACAGAUCGGGUAGAUCACAAUAUAUGUGUACAGGGUGAUAACGGGAGCCGGGGUGCUAUAUGCUACAUGACAAAAGUGACACUCUAUCUAUAGAACACCGUAGAUUAUCACAACGUCCAGGGAAUGCCCGGGAAAGGGACAUGGACCACACACAACUCCCCAUCGGAAAUGCCAGGAAACCACCAAUUUCCUCAAACCACAGCAACCAGGGCCCCCCCAUCUUUAGAGGGCCUACUUGGUCCUCUUCUCAUCCAGCUCCUUCUCGUACUUCGCGAUGAGCUCCUUCUGCAGCU